UCACAAUCGGCAGCUCUUGUAUAUAUAUGAUGGAGAUGUGUAAAGGGCACCUUUCCCGACGGACGUUCUGGGUUGUAAAUUUGUAGUUCGAAUUUACGACACUUUUUCUUUUCUUAUCUGAGCCUAACGUCUUUCACCUGGUUACCUGUUUGUGAGUGUCUUUAAUGAAGCUUAUAAAUGGCAAAAAGCAAUGGACUUGCUGCUGCACAGCCAAGGCUCCUCUCCAGCUCACCAUGUAGCCCAGGCUAGCCUGAAACUCAUUAUCAUGACCCAGCCAAGUGCUGGAAUUACAGCGUUCCCGUGGUUCGGCAUGGAUAUCGGUGGGACCCUGGUCAAGCUGGUUUACUUCGAACCGAAGGAUAUUACAGCCGAAGAGGAGCAAGAGGAAGUGGAGAACCUGAAGAGCAUCCGGAAGUAUCUGACUUCCCACACGGCCUACGGGAAAACGGGGAUCCGGGACGUGCACCUGGAACUGAAAGACCUGACGGUGUGCGGGCGCAAGGGGAACCUGCACUUCAUCCGCUUCCCCACCAGCGCCAUGCACAUGUUCAUCCAGAUGGGCAGCGACAAGAACUUCUCCAGCCUCCACACCACCCUCUGUGCCACAGGAGGGGGCGCUUUCAAGUUUGAGGAGGACUUCAGAAUGAUUGCUGACCUGCAGCUGCAUAAACUGGAUGAACUGGACUGCCUGAUUCAAGGCCUUCUUUACGUCGACUCGGUUGGCUUCAAUGGCAAGCCGGAAUGUUACUACUUUGAAAAUCCCACAGAUCCGGAGUUGUGUCAAAAAAAGCCAUACUGCCUUGAUAACCCGUACCCUAUGUUGCUGGUUAACAUGGGCUCAGGGGUCAGCAUCCUUGCAGUGUACUCCAAGGACAACUAUAAAAGAGUUACGGGGACCAGUCUUGGAGGUGGAACAUUCCUAGGCCUAUGUUGCUUGCUGACUGGUUGUGAGACCUUUGAAGAAGCUCUGGAAAUGGCAGCUAAAGGCGACAGCACCAAUGUUGAUAAGCUGGUGAAGGACAUUUACGGAGGAGACUAUGAACGAUUUGGCCUUCAAGGAUCUGCCGUAGCAUCAAGCUUUGGCAACAUGAUGAGUAAAGAAAAGAGAGAGUCCAUCAGCAAGGAAGACCUCGCCCGGGCCACACUGGUCACCAUCACCAACAACAUAGGCUCCAUUGCUCGGAUGUGUGCACUGAAUGAGAAUAUUGACAGAGUUGUGUUUGUUGGAAAUUUUCUCAGAAUCAAUAUGGUCUCUAUGAAGUUGCUAGCGUAUGCCAUGAAUUUUUGGUCCAAGGGGCAGUUGAAAGCUCUAUUUUUGGAACAUGAGGGUUACUUUGGAGCUGUUGGGGCGUUGUUGGAACUGUUCAAAAUGAACGAUGAGCAGUAGGGAACAGCCUCCUGUGAGGACAGAGAACUGACAGGUACUGCCAAGAUGCAAAGUCUCCUUGGGAUGGAAGCCAAGCCAUUGUGGCAGAUGAACCUGCUGGAUUUGUAAAUAAUUAAAAUCCUUCUAGUUGAUCUUUUGCUCUUAGAUUUCAAGCUGAUGAUUGAAAAUGGGGAAUAUAAGAGGUUUUUUUCUGUAUACUGUAUUUUUUAAAAAAGAAAAUUGUGCAGCGUGGCCAAACGUACAAAUUUUGUGCAUUGACUUUGAAAAGUUGUAUGAUGUUUAAAAAAGACCUGAAAUGUAAGUGCUGUUCGUUUUUCUUCUGGGGUUUACUGAUCAGUGUGGUAAUUUUAACUUCAUGUAGUAAUUACUCUAGGAGAUUUUACCUUGCCUUAUAUUUUUUCAUGACGUUUCAUGACUUGUUGUUGGUUUCAAAUGAAACUACAAAUCUGGCAUGUUUUACUGUGAACACUUUGUUUGUUUGUGCAUUCUUUUUUAUCUUUUCUGUUUGAAUGUCAUAUUUAAAAAAAAAUCCCUUCCCCUGUUUUUGUCCCCGGAUGAUCUCUCUCUCUCUCCUCUAUCCAUGAGCUUUCUUUAAUGUAACUGCUCAUAUCAAUCAAGGUGCUGACCAACUCAACACAAAGUUAAACUCAUAGUCUAAAACUCUGAAAAGUACUCACACAGAGGAGAAGACAUUAGAGUUAGUUCAUUUAAUAAAUGUGGCAACUGUUGAAAACAAUAUACAAUUUUGUCUUACCCAUUAUAUAGUGCUUUGUUGGAUUUAUUUGUUACUGCAUUAUAUUAAAUUGAAAUAUUUUCUCAUAGAAUGUCCUCAUUCAUGUACAUCAUCUGGACAAAAGGUUAGAAAAGUCUCCCAUAGUUGGCCUGGUCAUAGAAGAUUUAGGGGAUGUCAUGGAUUGAGGGGUCAGGUAGUAAGUAAUAGCUAUUCGUUUUGUAGAUGUAUGCGCCUAGGAACUUUGUAACAAGGUAUCUUAAGUAACAAUGUUCAAGGGUUUUUGUUUUUUUGAAGUUUUAAUAUUUUAAGCUUAACUCUGUACUUUAUUUCAUUUCUAAAAUUUAAAUUAAUUUAUGAUACAUACAAACAUAUAAUAUAUUUCCUUUUGAAGAAGUUCAACUAAGGCAUAUGGGUUACUUCCAAGUGAGGGUGUGGUGCACAUACCUGAACACAUGAGAUCUAAUGAUCUUUUGGGCUGAGGGUGUCCUUGAAAGGGAUUUUUGAAAGGCAGUGCCAUUGCUCCCUAGUGAAUCUUCCCUUCUCUGCCUUCAGGAGCACCACCAUUAAUUUCCAUUUCCUUAAGUCUGGAAGAAGUUGAUACUAAUUGAAGAAUUCACGUGUCUGGUUUAAAUAAAGCCUGUUGCUGUUGUGA